AUGAACCCGCGCCAAUUGUUGGACGUUGCUUGUCGUGCUUACCAUCAAGAAACGCUGGACGAAGACGUUACUGUCACUGUUGUGCCGAAUUUGGCGAUCAACAACUCCGGCGCAGGUUCGAAUGCCCUGGUGGAGACCCGAGGUAAGAGCGGAAUCGGUUCUUACGGGAACAGGGAUACAGCCUUUGAGACGAAAGUUCUAUUGGCCAAGCAUAGUAAAGAACUGGCGGCGAUUCUCCGUUCAAAUACCCAGGCCCAAGGUAACGCAGUCUCAACGACGGCGGGAUUCGGGACUCCGAUUGGAGCUCAAAGCGAAGCCGACGAUUAUUUGAAAAAUUCCAAAGUUGCCCAAGCGUUGAAGUACUACGCGAAUCACACGGCACAAAUCGAGAUCGUGCGACAGGACAGAACGCUGGAACAAAUCGUGUUUCAAAUACCGGAAAUCUGUGAAUAUUUGACGCGGGAAACACGAACUAAAGUGUUUCACACUACAGAAAGGGAUGAGCAAGGUUCGAAGGUCUCCGAUUUUUUCAUGAGAUGUGAUCCUAUGUAUGACGAGAUGGUAUGGCAAAAGAAGCUACGUUCGAAGCGAGUCUUGUUUUGGUUCUCCAACUACAUGUCGAACACCUCAAUAAGUUCCCACCUGUCGGCCGUGAUCUGGGCCGUGAUCUUCACGUCUGCUGCUAUUGUACUCAUCCUACCGAAGUCAUGGGGCAUUAGAACUCUGGUCAUUUCCAUGAUUUUACGCUCGAUCUACUCCGUGGGGACGAAACCAACACUAUUGCUGUUGGGAGUCGCGAACGUAAAACUGUAUUUGUGGAUUGGUGUGGUUUUUGUAGAGAUAAGUUCCCACCUGUCGGCCGUGAUCUGGGCCGUGAUCUUCACGUCUGCUGCUAUUGUACUCAUCCUACCGAAGUCAUGGGGCAUUAGAACUCUGGUCAUUUCCAUGAUUUUACGCUCGAUCUACUCCGUGGGGACGAAACCAACACUAUUGCUGUUGGGAGUCGCGAACAUGAUGAUCAAAGGAAUACAUCUGGUGAGCAUUAUGGGCAACAGAGGAACGUUGGCGAGAAAAAGCUUCGAGUUCAGAGUGAAUUCUGGGCAAGGGUUUUCAACGGAUGACAAAGAUUUCUUGUAUCAUCUUGGGUAUUUUGUGAUCUGCGUGCUGGGAACCUUUGUUCAUCCCUUUUUCUACUCGAUACUGGNCCACCUGUCGGCCGUGAUCUGGGCCGUGAUCUUCACGUCUGCUGCUAUUGUACUCAUCCUACCGAAGUCAUGGGGCAUUAGAACUCUGGUCAUUUCCAUGAUUUUACGCUCGAUCUACUCCGUGGGGACGAAACCAACACUAUUGCUGUUGGGAGUCGCGAACAUGAUGAUCAAAGGAAUACAUCUGGUGAGCAUUAUGGGCAACAGAGGAACGUUGGCGAGAAAAAGCUUCGAGUUCAGAGUGAAUUCUGGGCAAGGGUUUUCAACGGAUGACAAAGAUUUCUUGUAUCAUCUUGGGUAUUUUGUGAUCUGCGUGCUGGGAACCUUUGUUCAUCCCUUUUUCUACUCGAUACUGCUCUUGGAUGUUGUUCAUCGAGAAGAAACUCUUUUAAACGUCAUCAAGUCCGUCACAAGAAACGGCAGGUCGAUCGUUCUCACCGCAGUCCUGGCACUGAUCCUCGUUUACCUCUUCUCCAUUAUCGGAUACCUGUGGUUCAAGGACGACUUCUUAGUCACUGUGGAACCCGAGGACACGGAAUCUGCUGCAUUGGCUAUCGAUCCUGGGGGAUUCUGCUCUGCGGUCACUGUGGAACCCGAGGACACGGAAUCUGCUGCAUUGGCUAUCGAUCCUGGGGGAUUCUGCUCUGCGGGUUCUCCCUGCUCAAACGAUACCGUUAACGUUUGGGUGAAACCCAAAGAAAAUGUUACGAUUGAGAGCACGACGCGAGCAGUGGCCACUUCGGAAGAUGUGAAGGAGCGAGCGUGUGAUUCUUUGAUCAUGUGCAUUGUGACCACUUUGAAUCAAGGGCUUAGGAAUGGAGGAGGCAUAGGGGAUGUUUUAAGAUCACCCAGCGCGAAAGAACGUUUGUUCUUCGCCCGAGUAUUCUACGACCUCCUGUUCUUCUUCGUCGUCAUCAUUAUCGUGCUGAACCUGAUUUUCGGUGUCAUCAUUGACACCUUUGCGGAUCUGAGGUCUGAGAAGCAGCAAAAAGAAGAGAUUUUGAAGAAUACUUGCUUCGUGUGUGGACUGGAACGUUCGGCCUUUGACAACCGCGUUACGAGUUUCGAAGAUCACAUUAGGAAAGAGCACAACAUGUGGCAUUACCUGUACUUUAUUGUCUUGGUUCGAGUGAAGGAUUCCACCGAGUUCACGGGACCAGAGAGUUACGUUCAUGCCAUGGUCAAAGUAAGUCAAAUUCUCGUGAAGUUGUCCUUGGAAGUGUGUGUAUCUUUCGUAAAUUUU